UUCUAAAAUAGUUUGUUAUAUUGUAGGUAUUUCUAGGAGCUGUAGGUGUUGGACCUUCUGGUAACCAGUUACAAGCUGUAUACAGAAACAUGGAAACGUUUACCUUCCAAGAUGAACUGGGAAAUUUAAUUCAUCAAGUUUGCACUAAAGUUCCACAUGGCGUCCUAUGUUUCCUGCCGUCCUACAGAGCACUGGAGAAAUUUAUAGAUAGGUGGAAGCUUACAGGAUUAUGGAAUAAGUUGUCAACCCGUAAACGUGUAAUGGUAGAACCUAGAGCAGCUGAUAGGGAAGAUUUUGAUGGCAUGAUGAAAGCAUUCUACGAGGUUGUCAAGGGAGAUCUAUAUAAUCCUUAUCUGGAUGAAGCUGAGUGUAAUGAUGAUGACUCGGAGAUAGAUGGCGCUCUAUUCUUUGCUGUAUGCCGAGGUAAAGUUAGCGAGGGGAUGGAUUUUGCUGAUGACAAUGCCAGAGCUGUUAUUACAGUUGGAAUACCUUAUCCUAGCUUUAAAGAUGUCCAGGUGAAGCUUAAAAGAGAGUACAACGACAAACAUAAGAUUGAUAGAGGACUUCUAAGUGGAGGUGACUGGUAUGAAAUCCAGGCAUUCAGGGCAUUAAACCAGGCUCUAGGAAGGUGUAUAAGACACAGAAAAGACUGGGGAGCCUUGAUCAUUGUUGAUGAUAGAUUUGUUAAAAGAACAGAAAAAUAUUGCAAGAGUUUGUCAAGAUGGGUAAGAUCAAAGGUACAAACAUUUGAUGUGUUCUCUGACUUUCUCACGUCCAUGUCAAACUUUACUGAGAAAAUGAUCAAAGAAAUGCCCAAAGUGAGUCCAGACACAUCAUUUAUUCCCAGUACACCAUGUGACGACAGAAGAGAUUCUGUUUAUAAGAGACAUUCGCUAGAUAAUUCAUACUUAAAUAAUACCAUACAGGCUUCACCUUAUUUCACAAGUCCACCAUUGAGUCAGUCUCCAGAUUUGCAAAAUCUAUUUAGAACUCCUGAAACCUCAAGCAAGAGAAGAUCAAUAUCUAGCCCAGUUGCUCCAGUGUUUCCUGGAGUUACCUCCAUUACAGUACACCAACAAGUGUUUCCUGGAGUUACUUCCCCUACGAUACAGCAACAAGUACUUACAGGAGUAACCUCCCUUAAUGUACAGCAGCAGAUUCUGAAUGUGAUUAAUUCAGGGACAGGACCAAAAGAUCAGCCAUAUUACAUUAUUGUAAACCAAGGGACGUCGAGUGAACAAACAUUUCUUAUAGAACCAAACAAACAUGGAGGUAAUCAGCAGAUGCCCGCCCAGAUGCCAUCAAUGGUUCCUCCGAUUGUACCCUUAACACAAGCAACAGGUCAACAACAAGUGGUGUUGAACAUGCCUGGAACCAAUCAGCAUCAAACUAUUUUACUGACAAUGCCUCAACUUCCUGUGCAGGGAACCAACUUGCCACAGUCUGCCCCUAUUCCGGGAACCAGUCUAAAAUCUGAUUUCAGAGGAGGUAAUCAGCUGGACAGAACAAAUUCCACAGAUGGUAUAAAAUCAGAAAAUGUGUCUAAAGAAGAAAAGAAAGCAGAUAUAGUGUUCACUCUUGGGUCGAGCACACUUAGUGCAGAAGAACAACUGAAGAAAUUUGUUAGUUCAAAUCAAGCUCCACGAAAUCAGGCCUACUAUGUUGUUGUAAAUAAAGGGGAGACAAAUGAGAGGGCAUUCUUUAUUGAACCAAACAAAAAAGGAAAAUCUAAACCUAACACGGAAAAGAAAAUUGAAGCAGGUAAUUACAUGUAA